AUGAAUAAUUUUAGUGACAUAAUUUAUGAUGCAGAAGUUGAAGACAAUUCACAUCCAAAUUACUACAUUGGACUUGGUGCAAGUAAAAUAGAAGUUUAUAGGAAAUACCUUAAAAAUCUGAAUCUAUCGAGCACGAACAAUUUCAGUGAUUACGUAGUGCGCAAUUAUGCUAAAAUGCUUUUCUCCACAAACUCAACGACACAGUUUGAUGAUAAUGUUAAUAGUUAUGAGAUGAAUUCAGAUGUUAUAUCCAAAUCGCAUUCGUUUAGUGCAGCUAAUUCUAUGGUUGUUUUAAUUGUGUUAACAGUAAUUUAUGUGAUUAUUUUUGUGCUUGGUGUACUGGGUAAUGUCAUAACAUGUAUUGUGAUUGCAAAAAAUAAGUCAAUGCACACGGCUGUCAACUUCUACUUAUUUAGCCUUGCCGUAUCGGAUUUACUAUUGCUAUUGUCUGCACUGCCAGAUGAAGUAUACAUGCUGUGGUUUCCUGAAUAUCCAUUUGGCGAAACAAUAUGCAAGGUUCAUAAAUUUGCUGCGGAAAGUUUCACCAACGCAACUGUGUUUACUAUAACAGCAUUUACGAUUGAGAGAUAUGUUGCCAUUUGCAAGCCUUUCUUAUCGCACACUUUAUCAAAACUUUCCAGAGCAUAUAAAUUUAUUUUGGGAAUUUGGAUGAUCUCGAUGUGCUUAGCAGUUCCUCAGACAUUGUUUACUCUUCAUCUUGAUGAAGUUUAUCGAAUAUGCAUACCAAAACAAGAACAUCAGCAUCUUUUUGUGAUCUCAACUUUUCUCUUAUUUGUUAUACCAAUGUCCGUGAUAACAGUUUUGUACAUAUUAAUAGGACUUCAACUUAGAAAAUCUAAAAUUGUUCAACGUGGUGCUGUCAAUGGAAGUAGUGUAAGAUUAAAGCGUAAAAUUUUCAAAAACGAUGCAAAGCAUCAAACACUUGUGACUAUAAAUAGUGAAUCUCAUUACAAUGAAGCUCUCAUUCAACAACAGCAGCACAAUCAGCCGAACAACAAUACAGACUUGAAUAAGGAAUAUAAAAUAAAUUCGUCCGAGCAAGACAACAUAGUACCUGAAGAUGGACGAAUAAAUUACUCAAGUAAUCGUGCUCAAGUGCAUCAUGGAUCUCGUCACGUUGUAAAUAUGCUGGUUGUUGUUGUCAUCACAUUUUUCUUAUGCUGGUUCCCGUUCCACAUUCAACGGCUUCUGUUUACAUACAUACAGCAUACACUGAGUGAAAAUGUCUCGUUUAGUGUAAAUACAGUUUCUGGUGUCUUGUUCUUCGUCUCGACCUGCAUUAAUCCAUUUUUGUACAACAUUAUGUCGGCUAAGUUCAGAGAUGCAUUUAAGGUAACAAUUUCCAAGUAUAUUUACAGUCAUCAAGAGGAUAAAGUCUUAUCAAAUCGGAAUCUAAUCCGCUCAAUGUCUCAGCAUUCAUACUCAUUGAACUCAACGUCAUUGAAUACGUGCUCAUCAAUAUGUCCAAUACAACCAUUUAAUGCUUCUUCCAAUCAACAAAUGGCAUUCCGAUAUUUUGAUUCAAAACGUCCUCUAGUCGUAUCGUUCCGACGCGCCAAUAAGAUGACUCAAGGCAAUUUCACACUAGAACAUUGCAGAUCUGUUAGUGAUUUCCAAAGAGUUGACAAGUGUUGUACGAGUAAUGGAAAAAAUAAAAGAAACAGCAGCCAUGAUAAAAUAUCACUUAAGGCAUUAUCGAAAUAUGAUGGUUGUGGUGUGAAUAGCAUUAUUAUUAAUGAUGCCCUUGAAGCGAACAAUAACUGUUUUAAUGGAAAUCCUUCAAGUAGAAUUUUCAAAUAAAUUAAAUUAAGUGAGUGAGAACUAAUGAUAUGUUUGGGGUGGAUUGAGGGGGCAAAAGGGUUUGUGGGAGCAGUUGCUUCAAAAAGUCUUUCUCAGGCGAUGUAAGAGAAGAGUGACAAAAUUGUAUUUAGCGGUACCAAGGGAUACCACGAGAAGGAAUAUACUUGACAUUUGGGCAGCUUCAGAAUCAGACUUCAGCUUCCUCAAUACCCCAAAAAAAGGAGACUAGAACCCCACAAUUUGAGAGUCCGACAACGUCGCUAGAUUACUCAUCAAAUUGUUAAAGACUAGACCCCUCAAUACACUCCCGACACUCAUUAAGUGUGCUAAUCAGAUGAGAGAAAAUUUUCUUUAAAGUUUAAAUUGAUGAAGACCGCAGAAAUGUUUACAGUUUUGAAUCUUUUGAGAUGUUUUUUGAUACUCCUUUGAAAUGUUCCUGGAAGUGCCACAAAGUUGUAGGCGUAUAUACACACUCUAUAACGCUUCAAUGACGAUGAAUAGACAAAAAAUUAAAUCAAACUGAGACUUUUAAGAAAAUUUUCCCCACGUCUGCUAUUGAUUAAAAUGAUAUAGUCAUAACUAUAGCCUAGAGACAUGUGAUGUCAAUUUUUUUUUUCGGGUUUUCAACGAAAUUUGUUAAACAAAUUCGCUUGAGACAUUAAAAGAUACAAAACUUAAUUAAACUGACGCAAGAGUUCAUGGAUUCUUUGUUGGUAGGAAUGGGAAAUUGUGAAUGAGGACAAAAAAUUGAGCAUUAAAAGAAAGUUUGAAAACAAUUUUUUUACGCGACGCUACACUUCAUUGGGUUUUUGUUUUAUUGAAUUUAUAGUAUUUUUCUAUAUUACGGAAAUUUUGUUGUUUUUUAUUGUAGAAUGGUUAAGGGGCGCAGACAAUAGAAUUUUUUGAGACGUCAAUAAAAAUUUAUAAGGUUUUUCACAUAAACAACGCACAAUUUUGAGGUUUAUAGUCUAUAACAUUUCGAUACUCAUGGAAUUGUCUUCUUUUUGUGAGUGCUUUAAAUAGAAUUUUGUCCAAAAAAUGAGUAGGUGUGGAAAAUCGUGCAAUUAUUGAUUGAUUUGAAAUUCUGUUACACUGUUGGGGCGUAUAAGCUUCAUCUUUGAUGUCUUUAAGCUUUGUUAAUUGAUUUUCAAAGUUCAAACAUUUCAAAUCAUUAUUCUGCAAUAUUGAAACGUAAAUUGACAUUGUUUUUGUAGGAAAACGUGUAACUGAUAUUUUCGUUCAGCGAAAAAGAAUCGACAUUUAUAUGCAGCCGUAUGUCUAUAAUAAAAUUGACAAUAUAAGCUUUGUUCACUGAAUAAAUUUGAAUUUUUUUUGUUAUUUUUAUCCAAUAAUGCACGCAAAGUACGUUUUGAUACUUUGAUGAUGAAGAAGAAAGAAUCGAAUUUUUCCAUAAUGUGAAAUAAAUUACGUAUUCAUCCUUUCCAAAUGUGGCUUUUCGAGACAUUCCAAUAAUUCAGCGUAGAUUCAAAUCAAUCUAUAACGUCAAAAAUUGCUUGCGGUUCUUUUGAUUUGGGAAUUUUUCUUUCAAUGAGGAUAUUUCCUAGUCAAGUCUCAGUACCUAUCAUGGUAUCUAUUAUGGUGCGUAGCCAGGAGGAGGGGUCAAGACUUAGGGUCCUAUCCCAGGACGUAAAAUGCAAAUUCGUUCCCUGUAUAAAUCCUAGGGAAUCAAAGUGGAGUUUAAAAUUUGAAUUUUCGUAGACAAAAUUUAUGAUCGAGCCUCUAGAACAGUGUUAUCCAAACUUUUUGAGCCACGGCACACUUUUGAAGUAAACCAUCACCAAAGUCAAAAAAAUUCUACGGUACAUCAGUGUGCCAAGGCACACAGUUCGGAAAACACUGCUCUAGAAGUUCUGCUGUUGAUGUAUCAGCAUAUUCCUUAUAAAAAAGGCAUUUGUUAAAAUAAUUAAAAUAUGAUCAAGCAGAAAAAACAAUGGAACAGGAAAAGGGCAGCAAAAAUUGUUGAAAAAAUCGGGAAAAAUAUCUUAAAUCACUUCUUUUAAGGUUGAUGAUUUAUUGAAAUUUUAAAAAAAUAAUUCAAAUAUGGUUUGGAGCAAAUUUUUCCAAAUCAUUCAAUAGAAAAGGUUCGUCUGAUGAAUCGUAAUUAGGAGCAGUAAUUUCUCAAGUUAAUUAUGAAAAUGACUGAGUGUAUUUUUUUUAAAGCUGAAAGUAAUUUUGUUUGGUAUUUUAGGAAAUUUGAUUUUCAUUCACUUUGAAAAGAAAUCAUUCACCAAUGACGUCAAAUUUUAAUUAGAUCUUUUGCACCCCUUCACUAAUUGAUGAAAUGAUCAAAACUGAUGAAAAUGUAAUUUAUCAGUUUCGCACCCUUGAUUUCUCUUCUCCCAACUAUAUCUCCUCGAAGUUGCCUACUCAAUUGACAUUUAUAUUUAAAAUCAAACAAUUUUGUGACUCCCCGCUAUUCGUAUUCCUCUAUUUCCUUAAUUAGUGACGUUAUUUAGUCAAUGAUCCUAAAAGAUAAACUUCUGAACCGUGGCAUAAUUUAAUUGUUUUAUGAACUUUAUAUUGGUCAUAGAAAGAAGCACACAAAAGGAGUCGGUAUAAAAAAAUGGUGUCGAGCAGAAUAAAAGUUGAUUUUUUGCUGG